GGGUUCAAUAGGGUGGUAAGUCAAUCUGACAGUUUGCAGACAGUCUUAGUUAUUAAAGAUAAUACAUCAGUGGAUUUGAGUUCUACGUUACUCAGGUGGAUCCAACGGAUUUUGAUGCAAGGAGGACAAUGGAUUCUUAAGCAUAUUCCUAGAGAGAUCAACAAAAUUGCUUAUUGUCUAGCUAAAAUGACUUCUGAGGGGGAGACAGGCAUCCAAAGAAAAGAAAAUGACGAGGAGGAGCGAUGAGAAUGAAGCCAAACUAAAGGAACUGUCUAAAAAAUUGGAAGCGCUUCAGAAAGAAAAGCUUGAAUUGAGGAACGAGAACAAGGAGGUGAAGGAAACGAUCGAAAAACUGACCCUAGAAAUCGAUGAAUUUCGGCACAGGGAAGUAGAAAGGAAAACAGAAACGGAUCAAUGGGAAGAUGAACUGGUGCUGGAAUCGCUGGCCUCGAGAUCCGCCGAACUUGAAAACGAGGUUUCCAGGCUGCAACAUGAUUUGAUAACUUCGAUGAGUGAAAUAGAUGAAGCGAACAAGGAUGCGGUGGAGUUAAAACGAGGAUUAGAGGAGAAAGCGUGGGUGAUCGAAGGAAUGGAGAAGGAAAUCUCGGAGUUGAAGAAAGAGAAAUUGGAGAUCGAGAAGAGGGAGAGGGAUUUGGAGAGGAAAUUAGGGGUUUUAGAAGUGAGGGAAACGGAAGAGCGGAGUAAAAAAGUUCGACUCGAAGAGGAAAUGAAGGAGAAAGUAGAUGAACUCAAGAAGAAAGCGAAUGCACUCCAGGCGGAGGUGGCCAGAACCAAGGCUGAGUUGGACAAAACCAAUGCGGAAAUAGUAGAGUUUGAGGAAAGGGCCAAGUUGUUGGAGUCUAACAUGUUGCAAGUGAAGGAACGGGUAGAGGGGAAGACGAGUGGAGCCAUUAAAGGGAGGUCGAAGGUUAAAGGUUGGUUGUUGGGAGUGCCGGCGGUGGCUAUCCUUUUUGCGGCUGCUGUGGUGUUUCUCUGUAGUAGGCAGCGGUCCUGACUAACGAUUGCUGCAGUGGAAGAUGAAUGAGGUUAGGAUUUUUUGUUUUUAGUGUCCAAAUUUUUUUAUUCUUUUUGGGUUCUCAGUUUUGUUCAUGCGGACUUCAGGUUUACUGUUAUAAUUUAUUUUUUAAUUUUCAA